AUGGCCGAAUCUGCACCGCAACAGCCUCAUCCAGACACUCAUGGGUCCAGGACCCUGACAGUCAACAGCUCCAACGUCUCUGGGGCUGAAUCUGCCUCGGACAGCCGCGAGGGCACUCCAUCAUCAAUAGGUGUACUUCGCCUGCGAGGCGGUCCUGUCCGACGGAAUCACGUAGCUUGGUCGUCCGAAACUAUCGACAAUGAAGGCAUGGGCAAGAAGAAGUCGAAGAGUGAGUAUAUUCCUAGUCGCUACUGA